UGCUGUCUGUUUACUCACUAAUUUUAAGGUUUUGCUUUAACAAUAAUUAUAUGUGUGUGUAUUAUUUACAUGGAAGAACUUUUGUGUGAAAAGCGGCCUUAAGGGAGAAAGCUUACGUAUCUUGGAUUUUUAGUUCAUGUUAAAUCUAUAUCUAAGUAAGCCAAUCCCAUAGAAAAUUUAAGUACUCUUACAGUUCUGCUUGCAACAUUUUAAAAACGCAAAGUUCAAGAAUUUGUCUUUAAUGCUCUGAAAUACAUGUAAAUUGUCAUGCAAUUUUAAUCCAAAGGUAAUUUAGUUCUACCUGUGUUUUCAACUGCAGCUCAUGCUAUCUUCCUGUUCGGACGUACAUGAGGUCUGCCAACAACGUGCGGAUGGUAGUGGGUGUAUCUCAGGAUCUACUGAGAAUAAAUAAAUGCUACCUGUAUUUAAAAUUUGUUUUCAAUCUAUUACUUAGUAUUGUGAAUAAUAGAUUAAUAUAAUGUGGUAGAAACGUUCGUCACAAUUUAACAACCCAGAUAGCAGUAGUUACCAUAACAAGUAUUUCCAGCCUUGAGCAAGUCAAGUUCUCGCAUGUAGACUAUUUUGUUCCUUCACAGUAUGACCAUGGGAAGAAAUUUUGCAAGUGGCGCCUACCAUGCAUAAUGAACACUGUCACUUGGCCUGUUAUCUCUCUGGCCAAGUACAUCUCAAAAUCUGGUUGUUAUCUCAAACUCUUACCUUUGUCGUAGUUGCAAUAGCACUGUUCUAGGCUCUGUUCGUUUUCCUCACACAAAAAUGUUGGCCGCCGUUGUAUAAGUGAAAUAUUCUUGAGCAAGAUGUGAAACACCAAUUACAUAAAUAAAUAAAUAAAUCAAAAGCAAGGAAAUAACUGGGCAAGCCAUGUCAUACAUUCUGACAUGAGACGUGAGCUGAUACGAGAACAAUACACACUGUACCUCGUUCUAAGGGUAGUAAAAACAUUCCAUUGGGAGGAGAAAGCUAUCUUAAUACCCUUGUCUUCACACAGAGAGUUGUUGGUCUCAGUCCUGUCCUGACAAAACUACGUGUGAAUUGGUAUUCCUGUACACGAGGGCUUCGCUGGUAUUCAAACCCCUGUGCGAGUGUUCAUCUAAAGACAGAUCGCCGUCUACAGGAGAAUGUAUUUUACAGCUGACGGAUGUAGAUGGCGUUGUGGAUACAGGGCGACAUGUGUACAAGGUGUCUGUGGUUGUACCGAAGGCUCAGAUAUCCCGAUAUCUUUUCCAGAUAGAUCGCUUCAGUUUUGUCUACAAAGAUGUGGGACUGGAUGGGGCGUGUGUCCUGUCAACACCACGUGUGAAAAGGUCGGUGUAAGACAUGUGUGUCUUUGCUCAGCUGGAGCACAAAGGUCUGCUAAAGGACAGUGUCUAGAUAUCGACGAAUGUGAAAAAAAGCCAGAGCUAUGUGGCAACAACGCCGUUUGUGUAAACACGGAAGGCAACCACAGGUGCGCGUGUGCAGAGGGAUACAGGCAGAGAGAGGGUAAAGAGGUGGGGUGCAACCUGGAUAUUGAUGAGUGUACCGAAAAUGCAACCAUAUGUGGUAAUAACUCCGUUUGUACAAACACGAUGGGCAACUACACAUGCGCGUGUGCGGAGGGAUACAGGCAAAGAAAGGAUGAAGAGGUGGGAUGCAGUCUGGAUGUUGACGAGUGCGCCGACAAUCAAACCAUAUGUGGUAACAACUCUGUUUGUGCAAACACGGUGGGCAACUACACGUGCGCGUGUGCUGUGGGGUACAGACAGACAGAGGGUCAAGAGGUGGGAUGCAAUCUGGAUAUUGAUGAGUGUACCGAAAAUCCAAACACAUGCGGCAACAAUUCUGUUUGUGUAAAUACCGAGGGCAACUACACGUGCGCAUGUGAGGAGGGAUUCAAGCCGAAAGAGGGCGAAGAGUUGGGGUGCAGUAAAAUCGCUACUGCCGCAGCUGCAUCUACAGCCGCGGAUUCCUCAGCGUUGACGAUCGGUCUGGCAGUAUGUAUAGGCGGAGUGGUUCUUCUGGCCGUGGUCGUACUAGCCGUUGUUGUUGUUUUCAGGGCAAGAAAUCGUUCGAGCGGUGGUAUUAGAGAAUGUAUAGGAUUAGAAAUGCAGGGGAAACGUUCUGACGUCAUAACACACGAAUAUAUCACUACUCAAUCUGGACAACAACGAAGCGGAGUUACUAAUCCAACAUACCCAGUACUACCGGAUGUGUUGGGUUCCAGUACACAGUUGCCAUCCGGCACUGACGUCCGCUACGAGGAAGUUGACCUACCGCCACAGGCAGAACUGAAUCACGAUGCACAGACUUUGUAUAGCUUAGCAGGAAAUUUCGACGAUCAGAAGCCUAGUGAGAAUGAACAUAAGGAUCUGUAUUCAGAUCACAAGAUUGCAGACAACAAAGCCAAACAGAUGGCUACGGAGAAAAGUCAGGCCUCAGAAACUUCCCCGAGCGAAUCCACGUAUAAUGUUUUGUCCAAACCUCACGUAAAAUCUUCCAUUGCAACCACCAACACCGCGGACAAUUAUAACACACUGUAUGGUUUAAAACCAAACGAUGAAAGCCUAAAAAAUAUUGAGCCCGGGCAGGCCGGAUACGGAAAUCCACAUAGAAACGAUGACGUCCAAUAUGACACAACAUACAGCGCUGUCAGACAAAUUGGGGACAAUCGCGCACAGCUGACAAGCAAUGGCCAACAAGAUGGUUAUGAGUAUGAUGAACUUAAGGUACAGAAAGUUUAAAACGAACAGUUCACAAGCGUAUAGUUUAAAGUCACUUGCUGUCAUUCGGACAGUCCUGUGAAGGACCCAUUAAAAAGUUUUAGAAGACAACACACGACGUGGAAAAGGGUACAAGGUGGAAAUGUCACAAAGUAAAAGGUGGAAAUGUCACAAAGCACAAGGUGGAAAUGUCACAAAGUACAAGGUGGAAAUGUCACAAGGUACAAUGUGGAAAUGUCACAAAGUACAAGGUGGAAAUGUCACAAAGCACAAGGUGGAAAUGUCACAAAGUACAAGGUGAAAAUGUCACAAGGUACAAUGUGGAAAUGUCACAAAGUACAAUGUGGAAAUGUCACAAAGUACGAUGUGGAAAUGUCACAAAAUUUUAUGUGGAAAUUUUACUAGGUUCGAUGUUGAAAUUUCACAAAGUACAACGCUACCUUAGUAUUCGUGUCAUUCGCUACGAAUAUGUGCAUAUAACACAAACGUACUUAUACUUGAUUAUGAUGGCAUAUUUUGUAUGUUUCUCCAAAUUAUUAGUGGGGUUUGGCAUUUUGGACUAGGAACGUACUAAGCCAGUAUGUAGCUAUAUUUUUAUGGAACUGUGCUGUAAUAGGAAAUAUGUUUUUCGUCAUAGCGUUUUUUUUUUGUAAGAAAUCAGUAAAUAUAUUUUACUGUCUUUGUUGGGGUAGCUCUUCCUCUCCGGCCGUACGUUGGAAGAUCUACUUGUAACUUGCGGAUGCUCUUGGGUUUUCCUUAGCCCGGUUUUCUAAAACACCAAUAAAUAAAUAUAUCAUAAACAAGUCAGAGACAUCAAGAAAGCUCUGCACCCUUUCCUCUUUUAAAGCUAAACUAGCUCAGAGGCCUAGUUGAGUGGCCUAGUUAAGUGUUUAGAUGUGUGCUCUAGUAGUGCUCUCUAUCUGUGAAAUCUAGUUAUGUACUUUGACAGUAUGCUGUACAGCAUUAGUAUACUAUAGUUGUGUACCCUUGAUGUGUACUCUAGCUUUGUUGUCUAGUUUUAUACUUCAUUUUUGUUCAACAGUUGUGUAUUCUAGACGCACAAUUUAGGUGUAUAAUCAGGUAUUAUUAUUUACUUGUAUUUUCUGGUUCACCUUAAUGUAAUGCUCGGGCUUUAUGUAUGCUCUUCCAUAAUCUAGUUGUGUACUCUGGUUUAUAUGUACUAUGUUUAUGUUAGAUUUUAUGUCACGACCAAACAAGACAAAUUUUACUGACUGUGUUCAGGUUAUGACAUCAAAAUGAUACAAAAUUUGUACAAAGUAAAAUGUUAAAAAGUUUAGUUGACCUGUUAUUGCUAAUAUCACCUUACAUGUAUGUAUUUGAAAUUUUAGUAAUCUUUUUGUUAUAUUGAUUUUUGUCAUCUCUUUACGAAUAUGUCUAUAACAACAUUUUUUCCUUAAUAUAGUGUUUGAUUACUUGGAAUAUAAAAUCUGCGUACCGUACUUAAUAUGAAUUAAUGUGCAUUCGUAGAUAUAGUUUGCUUCUUUGAAACUUGAAUGUAUGUUUAUACAUGUCGUAAUGUAUGUUGAUUAUGUCGUGUAAGCGUUGUGUAGCCAACUGGCCUCUCAGUCACGUCGACGAAUGAUCUAUAUGGGAUGGGAUGGGCGUCCUUUGAUGUUGUUCGCACUGGCCAUGCUUGGGUGUACAUUUUUUAAAUUUUAUUCUACUUUUAUAAUAGUUGGUGGAAUCGGGUUAUCAGAAGCCGGUUAUUCAAAAGUCUAUGUAAAAAGUAACGGAACUUUCGGUCAGUCAAGUAAUAACUGAUUAAUAUUACACUAUUCAAGAUCACUGGAUACACCUGGCAGUCUAGAUCACAUCAGGACGUGUAUAUAUCGUAUUGUGGUAAG